GCAGCCACAUGCACAUCAGGAGCACUAGAGUCAAACUGCAAUAGGUCCUCAACCUGAACGCCGAACCAGGACUGAGAAUACACAAGAAUACACCAUGUUUUGGAGACUUUUCUUCGUGACAUUAUUACUAGCCCUCAUGGAACGGACGACCGGCCAGGAAUUGGCGGAGGAUUUAUGUACAUCAUUGAAGGAUUGUGAAUUAUGCAAAAAUAAGACUGACUGCCAGUGGAUGACUUGCAAAGACAGUGAGUUCCAGUGUCUUAAUGCCACUGUUGAGGGCCCUGAUGUUAACUGUACCAAGAACAACUGUUCAGAGCCAACAGUGGCCCCGAUAAUGAUCUCCACCACCAUCAACUCCACCGCCAACAGCACUGUUCUGCCUACCAAAGAUACCACAACAAUCUCCACUACAGCAGUUGCUCCAGCUCAAAACAGCACAACCACAAAUAGUACAACUGUGGCACCUACUUCCUCUCCCAAGACGUCCACGUUUGAUGCUGCUAGUUUUAUCGGGGGAAUUGUUUUAAUUCUCGGCUUUCAAGCUGUCAUCUUCUUCCUUUACAAGUUCUGCAAAUCCAAGGAGCGCAACUACCACACCCUGUAACACACUGCCACCCAGAUGCAUUACAAAACCCACACUCCGUCCCUACUGAGAGAGAACAUGGAUCUCCUGUGUCUGUAGCCAUGUAUUUGAUGCCUGUGAUUUGAGCUUUACAUUUCAUUGAAGUUAAAGCUCUCACAAGCACUCUGUUCACUCACACAUACAUGAACAUGAAAGCACACAACAUACAGACUCAUGUCCAAAAGCAGUGGCAUUGUUGGUCUUUGUGGAUAUUUACUGUACUAGCAAAUGGGCAAUUUAAGGAAGUAUAUGAAAGUAAGACAAAGUAGUGCAACCAAUCAAGUUGUGGUGAUAUCUGAAAUUAGUCUAAAUUACAAUUGAUUGAAUUUUUUUAUUUACAUUUUUCUGCCAGACAUGCAAACAGAAUAAGGCACUAUGAGAAGGCUGGGGAUCGUGGAUCCCAUUCUGAAUGUAUGACAGUUGAGUCAAAGUGCCUUUAGAUGGAGGCAGUGGCUUAUUCUUAUAGGUUGGGAAAUUAUUGGUUUCAUCCCUUCCUCUUUGAGCCUUAAAAGUGUGAAUGUGUUUGUGGUGAGCUGCCUUUGAGGUGGUUUGUAUGCCAGGCUCUGAUUUAUCUGCUGGAGUAGGCUUUGCGUUUGUGUUUCUGCCUGUAUGUUGGUGUGUUUAUGGAUAUGCAUGCGUGCUUGUGUUGAUGAAGUAGAGAUAUAUAUAUAUAUAUAUAUAUAUAUAUAUAUAUAUAUAUAUAUAUAUAUAUAUUAGUAUCUGCCAGCUGGACUGAUUGCUAUAUUAAACAGAGUAGAUAAAUAAUUAAAGGAUAAUUAGUUAUCCAUGUAGCCAUGUUGUGUAUUAAAGGCUUUAGUUCUGUUGGCUAAUGUUUUGCUUCCAGACUAAUGUUGGUCAGAUUCUAGCACUCCUGAUUCCCUCAGGAGGUUCUAGUGUACUCAGUCAUAUGUUUAUAAUAGAAUCAAUAUUUGUUUAUAAACUGAGCUCAUUAAAUGUUUGACCAUAAACAGAAAUCAAUUUCAUUAUAUAAGGCACUAAAAUAUCUUAAGCUUGCUUUAUUCUGGUUUGAGGUGUAAAUACGUCAAGGUAAUUAAGACAUCCACUGCUUAGGGCUGGACACGGAUUCUUAUGUUUUUUUAAGAGCCCUUGUGCUACCCUUACUGAACUGAACUGUGCAAUAGAGCUGUCUCAGAUCAACAAGCUAACCAUUUAGUUUUCUUGCUGAUUUCUUAGUUUGGAAUAUAGUUCUUGUUGGUUCAAAUGCAGAGUGGACCUUGAACAUGCCUAAUUUCUGCCUUGAAUGAAACAUAGUGGUGUAUUCUAUUUGGUACUCUGUUCAUAAUUGCAUUUUUUUGGGCGUGGUGUGUGUGUGUGUGUGUGUGUGUGUGUGUGUGUGUGGGCUGAAGACCUUUUCAACCUUUUAAUUUAGGUUUUUUUCUUAAUUCCUUUGUUAUGAACUUUAAAAUGUAAUCUCAAAUAGCUUGCUACUAAUAACAUUUUCUUUUAGUCAUAAUGUCUGUUUUGAAGCUUAUUGACCUUCUUUGGGUUGCAAAUAUUGUAAUGGCAAAAAUUAAUGGAUUAUUUUUUUUUUAAUUAAGUCAUCAUUCUGUUGGUGUGUGUUUUGGUUUUGAUCUGCUUCCUUAACAAGCCAACACUGAAAUGUUAAGCCAUUGUGUUAAUUGCAUGUUUCAUUGAAGUCGAAUGUUAAGGCCUCACAUUCUUUUAAACUACUUUAAUUGUUUCUGUUUUCAUAUCACCAUGAUUUAAUGCCAGAGUUAUCUGUUCAACCAUGCGUCACUCAAAGACUGCUGUAAUGCUUCACAUGUUUGGUCUUGUCUGCAUUCUUGUUAUCAUAACCAUAGUUUAAUCAGAUACAAUCCUAAUUGUUUCCUUGUUGCUUUAUCUAUACCAAAUAUCAAAAACUGUGUACUUAUAAAAGCUAAACUGCAGUGUUUAGAGUGUAUUUUCUUUAAAUUGUCUAUACAGAAUUAGGCAACAUCCAAAGAUCACACUUAGUUGUAAAUGGAUAAACUAUGUUGAUGAUAAAUUUGAAGGACAGUUCACCCAAAAUUCUGAAACGUUCAUGUUAUACAAAACCCAUAUGAUUGUCUUCCAUGGAACACAAAUAGAGAUGUUAGCCUUAGUGACCAUUCACUUUUAUUGUAUCUUUUUUCCAUACAAUGAAAGUGAAUGGUGACUGAGGCUGUCAUUCUGCCUAACAUCUGCUUUUGUGUUUCAUGGAAGAAUGUCAGAUGGGUUUGGACUAGGGCUGGGAUAAACGAUUAUUUUUUAAAUGAAUAAUCUAGCGAUUAUUUUUCGAUGCAUCGAUUAAUCUAACGAUUCGAUUUCGAUUAAUCGACUUGUGACAACACCGGUAUUACCGGUUUCAUCGGGGGUAGGGGUGUAUAAAAUGUUUUAAAAAAAAAAACAUUUGCCGGGAGUUUGAUUGACUGGGAUCUGAUCAAUCAAUCAUAAUACGCCAUUUUUGUCCAACAAAGUAGUCAGGAGAGAGAAGAUUAACGUCGGUGGAUUUGAAUUUGAAUAAUGGAUUGUAGGCUACUGUACUGACAUCUUUCCGCGGUUAAAACAACAGUCCUUCUGAUGUAGGCUACAUUCAUGUUUAGCCUAUUUGAUGCUAUAAAUUAACCAAGGAAAAGAUGAUCGGUUCACGAGCAGCUUUAACUGAGGCAAUCUGUCACGACACAUUAAAGAGCCACAAAAUAGUAGGCCUAUUUAUGGUUUAAUUUUCUUUGAAUUACCAAAUUUUUAAGUUGACACUUUAUGAAAUGUUACCUGCUUGGUCCUAUCUACCAGCGCGUUGUCAGUGUCCUCUAUGUAUUUUUCACGACAUCCAUAGCUAUAAGCGCAUUAUUAAUAGCUAUAAGCGAAAACUUUAGGUGUCGACAACGUAUUAUAUACUCCAACAUCGAGUGCAAAGUGGGGAAUUGAAAAAAAAACUUACGGUGCUCUGUCAUCUGCAGCUGCAAGCGGGUGGCGCCUCUUAAGGUGCUGGUGCAUUGCCGUGGUGCUAGAAUGGAAGGCCAUCUCCAUUUUGCAAAGACGACAUAUCACGGAAUUGUUUCCUUUUAAAUUAAAGAAUUAUCAUACUUUAGAGGAACGAGUGCAAGGCCCUUGCACUUCUGAUAGUCUGAGGAGCCACUCGUGUUGCUACUAGUCGCCGGCGCCGCCAUCUUUGUUUUGGGUCCGACGAAUCGACGCGCAUAUUAAAAAAAAUACGUCGACGCGUUGUCCCAGCCCUAGUUUGGAGUAAAUAAUUCAUUUUUGGGUGAACUAUCCUUUUAAGUUCCAGAUUGACAUUCAGGGAUUGACUAAGUAUUGUUGCGCUUAAUAUGCUGAGAACGUAAACCACUCUGAUUUCCCUCACACUCCGAGAACUCAAAUAAGUCUGUGGCCUUGUACUCUUAUGCUGUUAUGUUUGUGUGCACGCAUCAUCAGAUUUCCUCAGAAACGGCCGUAAAAUUCCACUUUUUGUCGUCACCCCCUGAGCUAAAGUGUUGCAGUCCUUGGUAGUGCACCUUUUGAAGAAAAUGUGCCUUAUUUAAGAUUAAACAAUGAAGAUUGCUGUUGUCAUGGAGACUUGGGAUUUGAUCUUGCUAGAGUGAAGGAUCGGUUUAAGUUGUGAGUGGAUAAUGAGAGGUACAUUUAGGAUUACAUCUUGCUUGCACCACCAUUUUUGCUUUUGUUAUGCAAUUACAAAGAGUUAAUUGAGUUACUAAUGUCCUAGUUUUAAUUUGUCUUUUUUUAAUCACUGUAAUAACCUUUUGGCAUGUUGUCCAAUUGUUCGAUUUUUGUUUUAAUAUUUUUUUUUAAUUGUUUACAAACAAACUUGCACACACCCCACUUAUGUUGUCAUCUAUGAGAAGAUCCAGGUUGUAUUUGUCGAGUGUUGUAUCGGUUGCCAGAAGUUUGCCUUAAAUGUUUCUUAAUCUAUUAUGUUGGUUUCAUUUCUCUGGAACAAAAUAUUUUAUUUUAGUUUUCCCCUAGUUUCAGACCUGCAUUCUCAAUUAGAAAAUGUUGUGAUCAAUUAAUUAAAGUUUGAGGAUUGUAAAACAAAUGUGGCUGUAGUGUUUUAUUUGAACUUUUUCUUUUAAUAUAUAUAUAUUAUAACUUUUACAGUGCCAUAUGUUUACAAGUUG